AUGGCAGAAAGAGCAGAGGAGGAAAAAAUCCAAAGGGAUAAGUCCCGAAAGGAAGAAAUAGCACGAGAGCUAGACAAAUUGAGACGAGAAGACUACAUACAGGAGGGAAGAAGAUUGUACGAGAAUUAUAGAUGUAGAGAAGGAGAAAGACUGGGAGAGGAAAGUCAACUUUUGCGUUUGGAUAGUGCAUGGGAACAUGGAUUUGAUGUUCGAAGAGAAGAUGUCCGGAGAUGGGCAUUAGGAUUGACAUAUCGACCAGAUGAUCAUCCUGUCGUGCUUUUUUUUAAAGUCGGGCCUUCUGGGCCUCAACUUCAUCGACUUGCUCCACCCUCUCAACACUCUCAACCACCUCAGCCUCCCCGACCUCCUCCUCCUCCUCCUCCUCGUCGCAGUCACCGUCCUGCUCCGUCUCCGCCCUCCAACACCAUUCCUCCACCUAGAACUCAAUCUGAACACAUUCCAUUGCCACCAUCACCACCAUCACCACCAUCACCUCGCAGGUCUCGCCAUCACCACAAUCCCGACCUACCUGAACCUCGCUCUUCAAGCCGCGGUCGAAGUCAUUGCUCAACCUCAAAGCACACCUUGACAGCAACAAAUAUAGCCAAACACAAUGAAAUCAAUAAGUCAUCCAUGAACAACAAACCAGCCGCCCCAAAAACCUCCCGAUCUAAACACAAAGACAAAAAGUUUAUUUCGAGAACGUCUAGAAUCAAAACAUCUGGAAAAGCUCGAGUGAAGGAUUGUAUUCAAGUAGGGGCCGCUGUUGGGAGAGCUGGAGCCGAGGUUGGAAGAGGGCUAUGGAACGUAGCAGUAAUCGUCGCUACUGCAAUUUGA